GUUAGUCUAUUUUGCCAAUCUUUUGGUAGCAGAACUUUCGGAGGACUUUUCUUGGUAAUAUUUUCAUACCUAACUAAUUUCACGUAACCUUAGAGAAGUCUCUGAACAUCUCAGACUUCUUCCUUAAUCUCAUUAAGUAAACCCCUCAAAUUGCUUCGAUCUGACCCAUUUCAGACAAAAGCAUGAGGAGAAGUAGUUUGUUUUCUCAUCUCAGCUUGCUGGUUUUUGUAUGCCUUGCCUUCAAAGCUAUUAAUGGUACUGAUACUAUUGAACAAGGUCAACCAAUUGCAUACCCAAGCACAAUCAUAUCAGCUGGGGGCAAAUUUGAACUUGGUUUCUUUUCUCCAGGAAACAACUCCAAGUACUACGUUGGAAUAUGGCACAAAGUGUCUAACCGAAGUAUUGUUUGGGUGGCAAACAGAGAUCAUCCCUUCCCUAGUGAAUCUUCGGUGCUUAGCAUCAACACUAAGGGAAAGCUUGUGAUUUCAGAUGGUAGAAUGUUCUACAUGGUGACAAACGUUAAAACUAGCCGCAACACUUAUGCCACGCUUCUAGAUUCUGGUAACCUAGUAUUGCUCAACAACAAUACCUUGGAAGUUUUGUGGCAAAGUUUUGAUGAUACCACAAAUACUAUUUUACCAGGAAUGACUGUUCAAGAUGAUUAUAGAUUCUCUAUAAAUAAUUGGUCGAUAGUGUCAUGGAGAAGCGUGGAGGAUCCAGCCCCUGGUUCUUUCUCUUUGGAACGAGAGCUGGAUGUAGCCCCUGGUAGGAAACUGAAUUUCAGAUAUAUUUUAACCAUUAAGAAGGGUUCCAAAUUAUACUGGACUGAUACUCGAAAUGCCUUUUGGAGGGCCAAUGAGUUUGGUCGGCGCUUUACUUCGGAAUUUCUUAAUACUUCCAGGAUUGCACAGAUUGUACUGGAUGAGUUUGGGCAGCUUAAGCUACAGUCCUGGUCUGAAGAUGACCAACGUUGGCAUACAUUAGAGUCUUCUAAGUGUUCAUAUCAUCGAUGUGGUGUUUUCAGCAUUUGUAACAUCACUACUGACACACCAUGCAGCUGUUUGAGAGGUUUCAAACCAAUUUCUGCCACUACUUCGAUCGAGAAUGGGACAUACAAAGGUUGUGUGAGAAAAACCAACUUGCAGUGCACCAACAGUGGAGAUCAUGUUCAGAAUGAUGAGUUUCUUCCGAAAUUUUUUGUAGAUUAUCCAAGUGAUGAAUAUGUUUUAGAUCAUACGAGUAGUGCAGCAGACUGCAAGGUAGAGUGCCUGAGCAAUUGUUCUUGCAUUGCUUAUGCUUAUGAUAUCAAGCGUGGGUGCCUGGUAUGGUAUGGAGAUCUCUUCGAUCUGAAGCAACUUCCUGAAAGUGAUGUUAAUGGAAAAAAUUUUUAUCUCAAGCUUGCGGCUUCUGAGCUAAUUACAAGUGAUACAAGCUCAACAAACGGAAUUACAGAAGACCAAAAGGAAAAAACUGACAAGAGGCAGCUUUGGACAAUUGUCAUACUAUCCUUAUCUCUAUCAAUGCUUGUUUUGGGCUUCUGUAUUUAUUUUGUCAGCAAAAAGCUUCAAUCCAAAGGGGAGGAUUUGUUAAAAUUUGAUUUGGCUAUGAGCCUAAAAGCUGAUGACACAGACUUGAAGGAGGCAAGUAAGCCGGGAAUACACAGGAAAAACGAAUCAAAACUCCCAUUUUUCAGUUUUGCAAGCGUUUCAGCCGCCACAGAUAAUUUUUCAGUCACAAAUAAGCUUGGUGAGGGUGGUUUUGGACCUGUCUACAAGGGAAUAUUACUGAAAGGUGAUGAGAUAGCUGUUAAAAGGCUAUCAAGAAGAUCUGGACAAGGAUGGGAGGAGUUGAAAAAUGAAGCACUUCUCAUAGCAAAGCUCCAGCACAAGAACCUUGUCAGGCUUUUAGGCUGCUGCAUCGAACGAGAUGAGAAGAUACUAAUAUAUGAGUACAUGGAAAAUAAAAGCUUGGAUUUUCUUCUUUUUGAUUCAAUCAAACGUAAGAUACUAGAUUGGCCUAUACGUGCUCGGAUCACUGAAGGGAUUGCUCAAGGGCUUCUUUAUCUUCAUCAAUAUUCUAGAUUGCCAAUUAUUCACAGAGAUUUGAAGGCUAGUAAUAUUCUGUUGGACAGCAACAUGAAUCCCAAAAUUUCAGAUUUUGGAAUGGCAAGAAUUUUUGGAGGGGGGGAAUUAAAAGCAAAUACAAAUCGAAUUGUUGGGACUUAUGGUUACAUGUCCCCUGAAUAUGCUUUGGAAGGCCUCUUUUCCGUAAAAUCGGAUGUCUUCAGCUUUGGGGUCUUGCUACUGGAGAUUGUGAGUGGGAGAAAGAAUACUGGUUUUUAUCAGUCUAAAUCUCUCCAUCUUCUUGGCUACGCAUGGGAUUUGUGGACAAGAGACAGGGCAUUGGACUUAAUUGAUCCAAUGCUGGAGGAAGUGCCUACACAUUUGGCAUUGAGAUAUGUAAACAUAGGGCUACUUUGCGUCCAGGACAAUGCAGAUGAUAGACCGACCAUGUCUUCUGUAGUCUCGAUGCUUAACAAUGAAACCAUGGCCCUGCCUUCUCCUAAGCAGCCAGCUUUCUUAAAUGCAAGAAGUAUGGUGAACCAGAACUUGGUAGAGAACGGGUCAGAGAUUUGCUCUGUAAACGAUGUAACAUUUUCAGUCUUGGAGGCUCGGUAACAUUUUUAAAGUUUCCUUAGUCAUAAGUUUUUGUCAUAUUACCUAAGCAUCAAUGAAUCGAAGAUUGUAUCUUUUAUGUCUAUCAGAUGUAUUCUGUAUUUCAUUAUGACCGAAUCCUCUUGGAUUUUAUUAUAUCAACUUUCUGUUUCUGAAAGAUUAGGUGAAAGAUGUCAUUUUUCAAUCUUGCUAAGUUAAUUGGAUCUUUUCACAUAGAAACAACAGUUUGCAGUCCUAGCCUUUUGGAUCCAACACUCCAGGAACAGUUAUUCAGCCAAUGCACUGAUUAGAUAUGUUUACAUUGCACUUCCUUGUAUUCAAGAACACGCAGUGGACAGACCAACCAUGUCUGAUGUCGUCUUGAUGCUGAGUAAUGAACUUACCGUCCUACCUUCUCCAAAACAACCAGCUUCCUCAAGUGAAAGAAGUAUGGUAGAUGUUAGACUAUUGAGAUCAUAUUGAAGAUACUUUGGCAGUAAAGGUUGUAGAUAUUUUUGACACCAUAAAUAGAAGGUGGACUUUUGAGUAUGAAAGAAGUGAGCAGGCUUUGGGAUGUCACAGCCGCAAUUCUGUCAAAAUAUGUCUGCUGUUUUUUGUCAUUUUGUAAACAAAAUCAUAAUUACCACCAUGGUUUUUAGUU